AAAGAAUCCUUGCGAGUGCUGUGUUAAUUACUUGCCAGCUGUCUUCCUUUCGAGCUGAAUGGGUAUAAAAACGGGCUGAACAGCAAUGGAGCGGCAUAGAACUCAGCAUGAAUCCCAAGAGCGAAGUCCUCGUUGCAGCCGUGCUCUUCCUGCUGCUGGCCUGCGUCCAGUGUCAACUGACCUUCUCGCCGGAUUGGGGCAAGCGUUCGGUGGGUGGAGCUGGUCCUGGAACCUUUUUCGAGCCGCAGCAGGGCAGCUGCAAGACCUCCAACGAGAUGCUGCUCGAGAUCUUCCGCUUCGUGCAAUCGCAGGCACAGCUCUUCCUGGACUGCAAGCACCGCGAGUAGAGAGCUGUUUGCCCACCAGCUCCUGAUCCGGAUCUCGGACGAUGUCUAGCACGCACACACAUACACCCUAUAUAUAAAUACCCGUAUAUACAGCACGUUAUCAAGGUAGUCGUAGUCGGCAUUUAGAUUUAAUGGAACCUUCCUUUCUCAACAAUAAAUAAGCGCAUCCGAAAUGGA